CUCUCUCUUUCCUCUCUACGACCGCCAUCGCGGUUUAGAUCGGUGUACAAUCCGCCGAAAUUGACAAGAAAAGCGAUACAUCAUGGCUGAACAAUUAGUUCUUAAGGGAACAUUAAAGGGACACAAUGGCUGGGUAACACAGAUAGCCACCAAUCCUCAGAUCCCAGACAAGAUUUUAUCCGGUUCUCGGGAUAAACAACUCAUUGUUUGGAAACUGAAACGUGAGGAAACCAACUAUGGCGAACCUGAGAGAUCUCUCACUGGUCACAAUCACUUUGUAUCUGAUGUGGUCAUGUCAUCUGAUGGUCAGUUUGCACUCUCUGGCUCAUGGGAUAAGUGCAUGAGAUUGUGGGAUCUUAAUGCUGGCACCACCACUCGCCAGUUUGUCGGCCACACCAAAGACAUUUUGAGUGUUGCAUUCUCUGCUGACAAUCGCCAGAUUGUGUCAGGAUCCCGUGAUUGCAAUAUUAAGUUAUGGAAUACCCUGGGUCAAUGCAAGUAUACUAUUCAGGAUGAGGGACACACUGAAUGGGUAUCUUGUGUUAGGUUCUCGCCAAACUCAACAAAUCCCAUCAUCGUUUCUGCUGGCUGGGACAAAGUUGUGAAGGUUUGGAACCUGACCAAUUGCCGUCUCAAGACAAACCAUAUCGGACACACUGGAUAUCUUAACUGUGUCACUGUAUCACCUGAUGGCUCUCUGUGUGCAUCUGGUGGUAAGGAUGGUAUGGCCAUGCUGUGGGACUUGAACGAGGGAAAACACCUGUACACACUUGAUGGAGGUGACAUUCUGAAUUCACUGUGUUUCAGCCCCAACAGAUACUGGCUCUGUGCUGCCGCAGGACCCAGCAUUAAGAUUUGGGAUUUGGAAGGCAAGUCCAUUGUGGAUGAGCUGAGACCAGAUGUGAUCAGCAUGGGAGGCAAAGCCCCACCUGCCAACUGUAUCUCCUUGGCAUGGUCAGCUGAUGGCCAGACUCUGUUUGCAGGUUACACUGACAACUUGAUCCGUGUGUGGCAAGUCACUCGCGUUUAAGACAAUUAGCCAUGCUUUGUGACUGAGGAAUUUUACAUUGUAAAAAUAAAGAUACAAUUACACAGUAAA